UUUCAGUUUUCAUUUUGAUUUGACAUACCGUCCCAACUGUUUCUGAUUUGAGGUUGUAGCCUUUGCUUCUAUUUAAUCCAAAAAUGUUGGUUUUAAAGCACAGAACUGAGUGGAAGAGUGGCUGCUCAUCUGGUACAAACACACCUCCUUUUUGAAAAUGCGUGUUCAAAUCAAAUUAAAUCAAAUCUUAAUUGUAUAUGUGGUGCACCUAAAGAUAUGUCACCACGUUGUUUUCAGUUAAUUUAUUAUUUCAUAAUUGACAAUUGAAUGUACAUUUUAUUUUGGUGCCACAUUUAUACUUUUAGAACAUUAUGAUGUUUGGCGCCUGCUGUCCUGGAUUCAGUGGUUGGAGAACAGAAAAGGGUAAAGCGGAACCUUUGUGCGCUUGGUGUUGCACCCAGAAUGGUUUUGGGAAGGGACCUUCUGUCCUCGCCCCCAGAUGCAGUCUGGAUGCGAAUGCCAGCGCACCGUGAGAGUUCUGUUCUGAUGUCACAUUGUGUUUUCCAGAUGCAGUCUGGAUGCGAAUGUCAGCGCACCGUGAGAGUUCUGUUCUGAUGUCACAUUGUGUUUUCCAGGCUGCACUAAUUCACUGCUACGCAGCCCCGGCACUCGGGGCCCGUAACAGAUUGUGGGGGCUCGUCCGGGAUCAGCACGCCAUCGUCAAUGGGCCACUGCUGAUUCAGUGAUUCUGAACUUUGGGACCACAAGACCUGCAUGUUUCCUGAGCCAGGGGUGACCCAGUAUGCAGUAGAGAGGCUAGUGACCAGUGAAAAAGGUGCACCAGCCUACAAAGUGCGACACUGCGAACCCGAGCAUCAGAGACCAGCAGGAUGUCGGCCAUCGGGAGGAAAGGUGUAGUUUGGAGCAUUAAAAAGAAGCUACACCAGCUAACAGCUAAAGAAACUUACCAGAUUGCAACCAGUUUAGGAGACGUCCAAGGACUUGACUCUACACAGUUAAGUCAAGAUGAUGAAGAAAGCUGUGUUGAGUAUCUGACAACUUAUCUGACAUGUCCAGCAAUCCUGGAACGGGAGGACCAGGGUCUGCCAUUGCUAAAGAGACUUGAAAACAUCAUAGACGGAGCCAUAGUAAGUCGUAGCCGAGGUCCAGUGCUUGAUGAAACUGAGGCACGCAGCGGGGAGCUGGCUGCACACCCUUCCCAGCCACUAGCAAGCACUAGUGACACAGAUGUACAGACACUGUUAGCCCGUUGUGAUGAUAUUCAAAGUCAGCUGAAUCAAGCCCUGUCGGCUGCAGGCCCCCCAAACCCAGGGAUACCUUUCCAAUUUCCAGCUAGUAGUCACUCCAUUCCUCAGCAAGCACCUCAGUCACCAGCCCCACAAGCAACAGGGGGCCUACCAAUCUCAGCUUGUGUGCUCACGCAACAGCUGGCCUCGCCACAACACUCUUUCAUGUACUCACAGAAUGUUCCCAGCUGUACUGGUGAAAGCAUGAUAGCCAUGAAAGACUUGCCACUGCUGUCCCACAAAGAAUUCAAAAUACAUGGGGGAAUGAUAAGUGACACUACGGCUGAAGUAAGCUACCAUAGCAUUUGCAAACAAAUUGAUGAGGGGCUCAAAGAAAAGCACACACCAAAUGAAAUCAUCAGAGGAGUGCUCCGUGCAAUUAAGCCAGGCAACUUCAGAGACAUGUUGACGGUCAAAGACGGUCUCACAGUGACAGAGCUCAAGAGUUUCCUGCAGUCCCAUCUAGGUGAGAAGAGUAGCACAGAACUCUUCCAAGAUUUGAUGUGUGCCAAGCAACAUGACAACGAAACUCCUCAACAGUUCUUAUAUAGAAUGAUCGGACUGAAACAAAAGAUCCUGUUUUCACUCAAACAGCCAGACUCAGUGGUUAAAUAUGACAUGCCUACCAUUCAGUGUAUCUUCCUAAACACUAUUUGUCAGGGCAUAGGAGAGAGAUAUGAAAGUGUGCGCAGAGACCUAAAGACACUCCUGGGGGACCCCGCUGUUAGUGAUGAAGCCCUGCUCCGCCAGGUAAUAAAAACUACAACAGAGGAGAGCGAGCGGAAACGCAGACUUGGCCGCAGCUCCACCCCAAAAGUGAGUCACGCACAUGCAGCUAACACUGAGCACAAAGAGAAAAGCAAGGAUGACAUCAAAGUGAGCCACACUGAUAAAGACUCCACAAUCCAAAGACUCAGUGCCCAAGUAGAAGCACUGACACAAGCUAUGGAAAGUCUAAAAGCCUUCACAGCUCAGGUAACAAUGCCUGCACGGAAGGACAGUUUGCUCAAACCCCAAACUGAGAGGAGGGUGCAGAGGCCCAAAAGCUGUGAGAACUGUGCAUCUCAGGGCAACCCAACCUGUCACCAUUGCUUUGCCUGCGGGGAGGAAGGACAUCGCGCUGUGGGAUGCCUGAAGAGGAACAAGCCGUCGGGAAACUGGAGGCGGUCAGGGCAGAGGGACUAACCCUGGCCGACAACACUCAGCUGUCCCCAUCGAAGAAAAAGUCCAACACCAAAAAGUCAAGAAAAGCAGGCAACACCACCCCACAAGAAGCUGUGGACAAAGAAAAGCCACGUGGUAUCACCGCCCCAUUGGUUGGUCGCCAGUCCCUCCUCAAGUGUAUGAUGGCUGGUUAUCCUGAAACAGUAGUGUUAGACACAGGGGCUGGGGUUAGCCUUAUAGACCACGCAUGGCUAGACAGAUACUUACCAGGGCAACAGAUCAGGCCUUUAAUUGAACUAAUGGAUGGUGAUCUCGAUGUGAAAGCUGUCACAGGGGACACAGUGCCUUAUGAUGGGUGGGUAGAGGUAGUAGUCAACCUAGAGGGUAACAAUGAUCCAGACAAAUCUAUACGUGUGCCCUUUCUAGUUAGCCGCCUCAAGAUUGAAAGACCCAUAGUAGGCUUCAAUGUCAUUUAUGAGUUCAUUAAAGACAAUGGGGGAAACUACAAACUCAUACAGCUUAUUGGUAGAGCUAUGGAGAUUGAGGUUACUGCUGUAAGUGCUUUAGUGAGUUUUAUCAAGACACAAAAACGGACUAUAGAUGAACCAGCAACUGUAAAAGUGGGGUUUAAAGGUGCUACUAUCUACCCUAGUCAAGUUGCUUACAUUAAGUGUAGAGUCCCAGAGAGUAUUAGCUCUACCGAGUCAGUUGUACUGUUUGAGCCUGUGCUUGACGAUAUCCACCUUGAGCAACUUAGUGUUGGAGCAGGGCUCUUAGAAAUUCAACAAACAGAGAGGCCAUAUGUCAAGGUACCAGUGUCAAACUACUCUCAACAAAGUGUGACUCUGCCCAGCUCAACCAUUUUGGGUUCUAUUGAGCCUAUUGCCAAAAUUGUUGAGACGGACAACACGAAAGAUGCUUGUGAAAAAGUGCCAGUCUCCAUCCACACUGUUAACUCAGUGUCUAGGUCCAGCCAAGGCUCGGAGUCACCUGCCCGGUGGCACCCCCCAGUGGACAUUAGUCACCUGACACCAGGACAACAAAAAGAGGAAAAACAGAUGUUAUUUGAGGAAUCGGGCGCU